AUGUCAUAAAGCAAAAGAGGGGGAAAUGUUUAAUUACUUAUAUUUACUUCAGUGACGCUUUGAGAGAAACAGCGCCGCUGAUUGGCCAUUAGGUCAGGUGACGCGUAAUUAAGGCCUCUUUAUUAGUGCGCGUGCCUGUUACUCCGUUACUGACGCUUUAAUUGACCCGAACACAAGCGUGACCCUAAAGCACGCGCUACUACCAUGAAAGCAGUCCGCUCGAAGAGGAAGUCACGCGCCGCUCAUCCGAGAGCAAAGGCCCAUCUCCGCGCGCACGCGGUCUACAUUUAUAAACUACGCAGAGAGCUCGAGCCUGUUCACUGCAGAUUGGUGGGGGAUUCGAGGCUCGCGGCGUCGUUUCAUUUAAGAAGAGUAGGCCUGGAGGCCGCGCGCUUGACUAUUUCUAACCGGCGCGGGAUCAUCACGAGCCGGGAGAUCAGUGCGGCCAUGCAGCAGCUCUCACACCGCCGCAAUACCAUCCCUAUGGACGGAGCAUGA